AUGCGAAAAAUACGCGAAAAAUUGUAUGCGAAAAUAGGCCUAUCAUCGGAGCUACCCUGUGUUAUAUUGUUCGGUUUGGCAUUCCUGUUUAUGUUUGCUGGCUUCGAUACGCAGGCGUACAUCACCGAAACGGCUCUGCAGUCAGUGGCCAGUACGUAUCCCGGUCGCAUUACUCCCCAUGCUGGAUACUAUGGGUAA